AUGACAAAUGAUUUGACGGAAACUGUUUCUUCGUGUGUAAUAUGUGAAAAAUUUCGACGUAGCAACUGUAAAGAACCGCUAGUACAGGAGGAUAUCCCAGAGUACCCUUUCCAAAGAGUUUCAACGGAUAUAUUUGAGUACGGCGGUCACGAUUGGUUGGUACUAAUAGACGCGUAUUCCGGGUUCAUUUGCUCUGAUCGCUUACAGGACAAAACAAUGUCUAGUGUGUGUAAAUUAUUCGACAAUGUGUUUAACAGUUAUGGGUAUCCUACCUGUGUCCGCAGCGACAAUGUACCGUUUAAUUCCCUUGAAUGCGAAAGGUAUGCCAAUAAGAAUAACAUCAAGUUUGAGUUCUCUAGUCCUCGUUAUCCUCAAAGCAAUGGCCUUGCCGAGAAAGCCGUAGCCAUAGCUAAAAACAUACUGAAACGGUGUUAUGAAGUUGGAGAAGUUGACCAGUUUCAGUAUCGUCUGCUCGAGUAUAACAUCACACCUGUCGCUAGCAUGAAGCUUACUCCUAGUCAAUUGUUCUUUGGAAGGCAGAUCAAAACGCGCUUGCCGAUAGAUGAAACUCUUCUAAUUCGACAGUCGCUUGAUGAGCGUCAAGUUCGUGGUAGAAUUGAACAGAAGCGUAUGGCUCAGAAGCAAUACUAUGAUCGUUCUGCCAGGCAACUUCCACCAUUGAAAGUUGGCGAUCGAGUUCUUUUUAAAAAGAGUUCCAAAGAAUGGCACUAUGGGCAAAUCGUGCGAGAUGUUAAUGGCCGCUCUUAUGUGCUUAAAGACAAUUUUGAAAAUCAUUUCCGUCGCAAUCGUAUAUUCAUUACUCAAACUACCAAUGAUGGAUUCAACAGCAGUGAUUUACUCGUUGAAGAGGAUGCUCCAAAUGAUCAACAUCUCACUGUACCAAGACCGCUCAACCGUUCCAAUCAUUACAAUCAGAACGAACAUUCUUCGGAAAUCUUACACUCAGGGAAUUCAUUAGGCAGUCGUUGCUCGCGUGAUGGUGUGUUAGAGGAAUCGUUGCAUGGUCCUGAAGCCCUAGAUAGUUGUGUGAAACCCUCUACGGAAGUUCUCGAUAGUUCUCAGCAGAUGCAUAGUUCUUCGCAAGAUGUUUCCUCCCCUGAAACUUGUCCUCGUGUAACACGUACUGGUCGUACAGUCGUACCCCCAAAACGUUACGGUGAAUGGGUAGUUUAA